AGGUGGACACUAGUAGAAUGAUGGCGGAUACGGGAAGCGAAGAAGUGGCGGUGAUUGGGAAUACCGAUCUCACUCCCGGAGAGAUUGAAAACAACAUAAAGAAUACGAUGGGUGAGGUGGGUGACGAGGAGAUUGUUCUCCCCAAGAAGAUGGAGAUAAACGUGGCAGAGGCAGAGAAGAGGACAGUGAAGAAUGCAGUCAACAUGCAGGAGACCUACACUGUCUACCUCAUAGAGACACGCCCGGCGGAUGAUGCGUCCGAGGGCACCAACCCCACUCCCGACUCGCUGUGGAGACGCUACAGUGAGUUUGAGAUCCUGCGCAGCUACUUCCUAGUCGCCUACCCCCACGUGGUCGUGCCUCCCCUUCCGGAGAAGCGGGCGGAGUUUGUGUGGCACAAGCUGUCUGCGGACAACAUGGAUCCGGACUUUGUGGAGCGUCGGCGCGUGGGCUUGGAGAACUUCCUGCUUCGAGUGGCGUCCCACCCCAUCCUCGCCUCAGACAAUAUCUUCUACUCCUUCCUCACCGAGGAAAACGGCUGGAAGGAAGCGGUGCUGGAGACAGGAUUUCAGGCAAAGGCAGACUCCAGGCUGAAAGCCCUCAACGCGACAUUCCGGGUGAAGAACCCAGAUAAGAGGUUUGCGGAGAUGAAGCACUAUGGUGAUGAGCUGCAGUCUGUCAUCUCCCAGCUGUUGCGAGUGCGCGCGAGGGUAGCCGAUCGCCUCUACGGGGUGUACAAAGUGCACGGCAAUUAUGGCAGAGUCUUCAGUGAAUGGAGUGCCAUAGAGAAGGAGAUGGGGGACGGACUACAGAGUGCCGGCCAUCAUAUGGACGCCUACGCCGCCUCUGUGGACGACAUACUGGAAGAGGAGGAGCACUAUGCGGACCAGCUCAAAGAGUAUCUCUUCUACACCGACGCCCUGAGGGCGGUGUGCAGGAAGCAUGAGCUGAUUCAGUAUGAACUGGAGGCAGCGGCCACGGACCUCAGCACCAAGAAACAACAGCAGGAAGAGCUGGCUACAGGGACGGUGCGGACGUUCUCUUUGAAGGGGAUGACCAGUAAGCUGUUUGGCCAGGAGACCCCCGAGGUGAGGGAGGGCAAGAUGAAGGUCCUGGAAGGACAGAUCCAGGAGGGCGAGGAGGCCCUGAAAGAAAAGAACACAGAGUGCGACGAGUUUGUACGAAGUGCCUGGUCGGAGAUCGAGAGGUUUAAAGAUCAGAAGAACCACGACCUGAAGGAGGCUCUGAUCAGCUACGCCAUCAUGCAGAUCAGCAUGUGCAAAAAGGGAAUCCAGGUGUGGACCAAUGCAAAAGAGUGCUUCAACAAGAUGUGAGGCAGGGAGGACCUCCGGUACAUUCCAGAGCAGCCUGGGGCCUAUACUACAAAGCU